AUGGAGGCAGGGCUGGGAGGAAGGAAUGAUGAUCAUCACAGUUGCUAUUUACUGAGGGUAUUUGUGCCUCGCCCUCCCUGGACGCAUCCUACACACCACAUCCUGUUCUACCACCACCUUGCAAAGUGCGUCAGAGCUCUCCAUUUUACAGAUAUGGAAACUAAGGCCCAGAGCCUGAGUGACCAGCUCUCACAGUUUGUAAUCAGCAGAGUCACGAGUUGAAACCUGGCCUGCUGUGCACUGAGUCUUGGGCUAUUUCUACCACACCACACUGCUUUUUUUUGAGAGAUUUAAAAAUUCAUUCCUUUCCUUCUGAGUCAAGGACAUUGCCUCCCUCCCAAACGUGGAACGGGGCUGAGGGUCGUGAAUGGAUAUUAAAUGUGAUGUGUUUCCAGUGUUGGAAAGUGACUUUGGGACCCAGGUGGGCCCUGGGCUGCACUCCGGGGCCUGGCUCCUCACUCUCCAAAGGGUUCUUGUGAAGGCCCUUGAGCACCUCUGGGGCUGGAGCGGUAGAUGUGGUAGGAGUCUUCACAAGCCACUUGCUUUAUUCAUUUUUAAUUUUUCUGGUGGGAUAGCCACAGGGCAUGAGGACGGCUCUCUUUUUUGAAGCACAUUAAAAUUUUUUUAAGCCAAAGUAAUACAUGCAGUGAUUAAAAAAAAAAAUCCAGGCUGUUCAUGAAAGAAAGCAGUUUGCUAUGCCUCUGCCCACUCCUACAGGCCCUACCUGCAAAGGAGCCGCUCUUACUCUUUUAGCUGUUUCCUCAAAUCUUUGAGUAAGAUGAUUUGGGCUGUGUGAGGUCCAUGGGAAUGCCUUUAACGAUGCAAGCACUUGCUUUUUUCUUUUACUUUGUUUUUAUUCUGCUUACACAUAAGGCUUCUCCAUUCGCAGUUGGGAAAAUUGAGGCCCCAACCAAGUGUGGAACCUGCCUUGAGUCCCACAACAUAUCAGGCAUCAGGUCUCCUUCAGGCCUUGUGCUGUCGCUGGCAUCUCGUGCCUCGGUCCUGCCCUCCUUCGCCAGCACUGCUGGGAAAUCAUUCAAGAGAAGGAUAGAAGGGUAGGAAUGCUUCCUGCACCCUGACUCUCCUCAGCCCCUGAAUGGGUCUCCUCUUACAACCUGCUGGCAUGGUGCCUCCCCCCUGGGAGGGACCCCUUACCCUUACAACAUAAGAUGUAUAGCGGCUCCACCAGUCCUGGGCCCCCCAGAAAAACAGCAGUGGCAAAGGAGAGGUCAAAGGUCAGGGCUAGUCAAUGUGGAAUAACAGCUCCGGGCGGACACCCAAAUCCUGCAGUUCCUUGUUUGAUCUUAAGGAAGUUGUCCAACGUCAGCAGCAGCAGCUGGGGUGGUAGCAGCCACAGCUACAGUGGUGCUCAGACAGACACACGGGGCCCCCCGACUUGCAGGGGAAGGCAGUGGUGGAAGAUGAUGGAUUUCUUAAGGAACCUUUUGUCGGCGGAGUUCUUCGAGAUGCUGGAGAAAAUGCAGGGGAUCAAGCUUGAAGAGCAGAAGCCAGGACCCCAGAAGAACAAGGAUGACUAUAUCCCGUACCCCAGCAUUGACGAGAUAGUGGAGAAGGGAGGCCCGUACCCCCUCAUCGUCCUGCCCCAGUUUGGGGGCUAUUGGAUCGAGGACCCGGAGAACUUGGGCACGCCGACCUCCCUGGGCAGCAGCAUCUGCGAGGAGGAGGAAGAGGACAGCCUCAGCCCCAACACUUUCGGCUACAAGCUCGAGUGCAGGGGCGAAGCCAGGGCCUACCGCAGGCACUUCCUAGGGAAGGAUCAUCUAAACUUUUACUGCACUGGCAGCAGUUUGGGGAACCUGCUUCUGUCCAUCAAGUGCGAAGAGGCUGAGGGCAUUGAGUACCUUCGGAUCAUUCUCAGGUCCAAAGUGAAGACAGUGCAUGAGCGGAUUCCAUUGGCUGGACUGAGCAAGUUGCCCAGCGUCCCUCAGAUUGCAAAGGCUUUCUGUGACGACGCAGUGGGGCUGAAAUUCAACCCUGUCCUGUACCCCAAGGCCUCCCAAAUGAUUGUGUCCUACGAUGAGCAUGAUGUCAACAACACAUUCAAAUUUGGGGUCAUUUAUCAAAAAGCCAGGCAGACCCUGGAGGAGGAGCUGUUUGGGAAUAAUGAGGAGAGCCCAGCCUUCAAGGAGUUCUUGGACCUUCUGGGAGACACAAUCAUGCUGCAGGACUUCAAAGGUUUCCGAGGAGGCCUGGAUGUGACCCACGGACAGACGGGGGUGGAAUCAGUGUACACGAUAUUCCGGGACAGGGAGAUCAUGUUUCACGUCUCCACGAAGCUGCCGUUUACCGAGGGAGAUGCCCAGCAGCUCCAGAGAAAGAGACACAUUGGGAAUGACAUUGUGGCCAUCAUCUUCCAAGAAGAAAAUACACCAUUUGUCCCAGAUAUGAUUGCCUCCAACUUCUUACAUGCCUAUAUUGUUGUGCAGGCUGAGAACGCAGGCACAGAGACCCCAUCCUACAAGGUCUCGGUCACUGCCCGGGAAGACGUGCCUGCCUUCGGGCCACCUCUGCCCAGCCCUCCUGUUUUCCAGAAGGGCCCAGAGUUCAGGGAGUUCCUGCUCACCAAGCUCACCAAUGCAGAGAACGCUUGCUGCAAGUCUGACAAGUUCGCGAAGCUGGAGGACCGGACGAGGGCUGCCCUCCUGGACAACCUUCACGAUGAGCUCCAUGCCCACACACAGGCCAUGCUGGGACUGGGCCCAGAAGAGGACAAGUUUGAGAAUGGGGGCCAUGGGGGAUUCCUGGAAUCUUUUAAGCGGGCCAUCCGUGUGCGCAGCCACUCCAUGGAGACCAUGGUGAGCAGCCAGAAGAAGCAGCACAGUGGGGGCAUUCCCGGCAGCCUCAGCGGGGGCAUCUCCCACAACAGCGUGGAGGUUACCAAGACUACCUUCUCUCCUCCGGUGGCAGUGGCAACGGCGAAGAACCAGUCACGUAGCCCCAUCAAGCGGCGGUCGGGGCUCUUCCCUCGCCUGCACACAGGCUCUGAGGGCCAAGGGGACAGCCGGACACGAAGUGACAGUGCAUCCAGCAACCCCAAGACCCCGGAUGGCGGACACUCUUCUCAGGAGAUAAAGUCUGAGACCUCCUCCAAUCCCAGCUCUCCGGAAAUCUGCCCCAACAAGGAGAAGCCCUUCAUUAAGUUGAAGGAGAAUGGCCGAGCCAACAUCUCCCGCUCCUCCUCCAGCACCAGCAGCUUCAGCAGCACGGCAGGGGAGGGGGAGGCCAUGGAGGAGUGUGACAGCGGGAGCAGCCAGCCGUCCACAACCUCGCCCUUCAAGCAGGAGGUGUUUGUCUACAGCCAGUCCCCGAGCAGCGAGAGCCCCAGCCUGGGGGCAGCCGCCACCCCCAUCAUCAUGAGCCGGAGUCCUACAGAUGUCAAAAGCAGAAACUCCCCGAGGUCAAACCUGAAAUUCCGCUUCGAUAAGCUCAGCCAUGCUGGCUCCAGUGCGGGUCACUAACGUGAAAGAGGAGUCCUUCGCCUGUCAAAGGGAAGACCCAAUUCUAUCCCGGAGAAGACUCCUAUUUCAGCAGUUUGGGGGUGCCAUCCACUACUCUGACCGUCACAGGCCUGCUGCCCCACCGGCCACCUGCCCAGCAGACCGGCUGUCUGUCCCAAUGUCCUGACCCGGCCACAGCCCUGCCCACCCCUUUGCCAAGAUACCCUGUUUCUUGAAAGCACCUUCCCAUCUCUGGACUAGGCCUCAGUCCUCCAGGCUCCCCCUACUCCUGACCACCUGAUGUGAUGUGUGUCUGGGUCAUUUGUCAUCUUGUUUUGUUUGCAGAGGCAAGAGCUGGGCAAGGGGGCAUCUGGGUACCAGGGACUCAGUUAGAGACCAGAGAGGUGGAGAGAGUGGUGAGGUGGGGAGCAGAGGCCGACAGCAGGACUGCGCCCAGGGAGGGGCAGCACUGUGUCCUGGACGUGGCAGGCAUAGCAAAGGCAUUUAGUGGUGGUGGAGGGAGCACUUUUCCAGGAGCAAAAUUCGUAGCUGUCUUUGAAGAUGUCCUAAUAGAAAUCAGCUCUAUUGCUCUCACAUCUCUGGAGCUCCCUCAGAUCUGUUUGCUUCUGUGCUAAAAACUUCUUACCCACUGCUGACAUCAGGCCCAGAGCUGCCUCCAUCCCUGCUCCCUGCAUCUUGAGCAUCCGCGUGAAGCUGGGACGCAGCCGGGCGUGUGUGGGGAGCGGGCGCUGACUGUUGCUUGCCGGCAGCUGGAACUUUUGUCCGGCCUGAUUUCACGCAGGCUCCUCAUUGUGGUUGCUGUGGGAGAAGCCCUGGGUCAGUCCCUCCCCUUUGAGCAGAUGUUUUUCCCAUGAAGGAUGGACAGCCAGGAGUAAGAAGGAAUUCAGGGAGGAGAGUCAGCGAGUGCCCAGACUCUGGGCGAGGAAAACCUCAGAUCCGAGGGCUGGGCCGGGAUCAGGUUUCCACUGGGUGUGGAGGUUCACGGAGGAGUUACUUCAACCCACCACUUAGGGGAGGGUGGGGAGGCGAGAUGGGGAUGACACACCAGGUUUGUCAGGCUGGUGUGUGAGUAGGACUUAAGAGCUGUGUCCUUCUGCAAUUUAUGUUCCUGGCUUCUGUGGGGGACCUAGCGCUGCCUGAGGGACGCUUUCCAGCUUACUUGCCCUUUGUCUGUGUCAGGGUUUGAUCCCCCCAAUCUUCUUCUUCCCCCCUCCAACAGCAAGUCUGUGGGCAGUUGUCACAUCUGUGGGAUUCCUGCAACCUGGGCCUCGGCUGGUGCAGUUCAGACACUGCCUGCACCCUCAGCUGGAGCCACCUUCACUGGGUGAGCCGGCUCGCUCUCUGAGGAGCAGCCCCCCUCGCUUCUCAGCCAUCCAAGUCUGCAAUGCGAGUGGUCAUUGCUGCUGACCGGCCUGGGUGGGGUUUAAGGUGGGGUAUCCUCCAAGUAAAACACAGAGACUGAAGAGCAGACCCUUGGCCGUGCUGCAGCUUCAAGUGCAUGUGGGGCCUCUGUGACACGGGGCUGCUGGGGGGAUGCUGGCUGGCGGGGCUCCUGUUUUAACAAGUGGAUGCCAAGGAUUUCCAACCAGCUGCUUUAUUUGCCUUGGGAUCUGGGCCUGUUCCCAAGUCCAGGCCUAUAAAUGUGACACUUGUUUUUGACUGAUGUGACAGUUUCCCCAUUGCUUUGGCCAUUAGAGCAAAACCAUGAACCUCUGACCCCUACUUGCAUGGACAUGGUGGGGUCCCCUUUGCAGGCUGGUAGACAUCUCCCCUCACGCUAUUUGAGAAAUGUAUUUACUUAAAGCACUAGUCCGGUAAGAUUUAUUCUAGUUAGAAGGUCACCAAAAUGUCUGUUUAGCUUUUAUUAAAAGUCACUGUAGCGGCACCCACAGCUGGAAUGAGGCCCGCGGAUUCUGGCAGCUCUGCUGGCUGGGUUUCUGAAGGAACUUGAAAGGUCAAACUGCAUUUCUUUGAAAACUCUUCCUGGGUUCUGGCUCGCUUCUCUGGGCAGCUGGUAUUUACAGCUGCUGGGUGGUAGUGCUGUGUUGUGUCUUGGUCGGGGGGUCCCCUGGGGUUUUCAGGUUGUCCCUGCUCUGUCCAACUUGGGAACCUCAUACCCACCUUCCCCCGCUGCUCUGGCAGCUCCCCCCUGCAGCCCCCACCUCCUGCGAGGGCUUUGCCCCUGCCUCUGAGCCAGUGGCCAGGAGACUCUGCCUGGGGAGAGUCAGUGUCCAGAGAAACUGAGAGGCGCAGGCAUGCCCCUUAAGAAGCACAGACCUGAAAAGUGUUGUCUACCUUCUGGGUGCUAAUGGGGGUGCUCUGGGCAGGAUCUGAAAGGUCCCUGGGUCCUGCAUCACCAUUUCUAGAAACUCCAUCCUAUGGCUUCCAGAAUGCACACGACUAGUCCCCCUGAGGUCCCAGGGCUGAGGGGGAGGAGAACAAGGACUGUCCCCUCUCACCCCUCUGGACCGUGGGGCAGGUGGCUCGGGUUCCUGGAGGCAGCUUCUCUCACACUCUCCUUGCAUCUGCUGUGGUCCAAAAUGUCUUUCCUUUUAUUGCUUCACCCAGUCUUAGGGCUCAAAGAUUUGCUCAAGCCUCAUCAGUCCUUGUGACUAGACUCAUCCUGAUGGUGCUCAUGCUGGUAUUUGAGGCGUUCUGCUUGCCAUCUCCUAGAUACAGGAGAAGGGUUUCCUGGACACUUCUCUGUCUCUGGGAACUGCCUAACUCACAGAAGACACUGUACUUGUCAGGCUCUGUAGGGCAGCCGUAUGCCUGUGCUCAGUCGAUGCUUAAAAGCAGAUGCAGAAAGAGCUUGACUAGAGCUUCUGUCUAUGCUAAUGAGUAGAAAAUGGCAUUUCUUGAAAAAUAUUCUGUCUCAGCUUGGUCAGCAUCAUCUUGAUGUUCAAGCCUUCUGGGCCCCUUUUAGGAUCUAUUCCAACCAUGUCAUUAUCCAGGUGAGAAACCUCAGCCCAGUGAGGGGAAGUAACUUGCUUGAGGUCACACAGCCAGCUAGUGGCAAAGCUGGGAUUAGAACCCACAACCCAGGGCCCUUCCUUUGGCACCACCUAUGUGGUUGGUUGAACAAGUGGCUGCAUUUCCUGCGGCCCUGAGUUUUGGAGAAGCCAGUUAGCUGGGAGGGAGGUGUCAGCAGACAAAGGUGCUUGUGGGACCUCAGUCUCUGUUCGUGUUAUCAGGAGGGAUAGUCUCUCAGAGUUUUCAGUGAGGGCCCUGGGGUUUGGAUGCAGCUUAAGGAAAGAAAACAAGGAGAGAAAGAGAUUCCAAUGGAUUGUUCCUUGGUGACAUCGGCUUUUCAACCAGUCGGUAAUGGAGGUGAAGGCCGGGGCAAAGAUGCAGUUAACCAACCCUCAGUUUCCCCUUUUUAAGUUAAGAAGAGAAGUGGUAAAAGAAAACUCUCGUUCUCCCUGAUCCUUGAGCAAAGGUGGUUAAUAAAAAUAUAGGCUCAAGUGACGAGGUGGGACGAGAGCCUGUUUCACUUUCUUACCCUGACUGUUUAAGGUGCCAGUGUGAACACUACCUUCUUCAUUCAGUUCUGAGUCAGGCGAGACAGGUCUGUUGUGGGGGAAUGGGCGGGGUUCCAGAUCUCAAGGCGACAGGUAGUUGGCAGGGACCUGGCCGGUCAUUUAUGCUCACACCCCGGGCUCCUCCUCCACCCUCUAGCCCCCUCAACUCAAAGGCGAGGGUGGGUCAGUGGAGUUUGCCAAGGCUGCCCUUGCAGCCUCUGGGGGCCGGGUGGAGCAUUCUUCCACAAGCUCUGAUUCCUGUUUUACCACCAGCCCCUUCUCCACCCUAACCCCACGUCUCCCUCCUUUCAGCUGGGCCAUGUGCCCCUUUGGAAGGAAGGAGACAACCCCUGCUAGGGCCAAGGACAGUGAAGCCCUGCCUGGUGAGAGGCUGUUCGGGCCCUGGCUCUGUCCUGUGCCUUACCAGCCCUGGGGACAGGGUGUGUGGCUGGAGACUGGAAUUUAAAUGCCAUCGUCUUUGAUUUUGUGACAUUUCUGCUUGGAAGGGUUAAUUCCCCCUUCCCGCUUGUUAGCAUGUGUGCCAACUGCCCCCUGUCCUGGGCGUUACCCUUCCACACUCCAGCCCAGGGAGCGCUGACAUUAAGUGUGAAGAGAUUCCUCUAUGUGAUAGAACCUAAGAAGUAGAGCUCGGAAAUGAUGAUCCAUAUGAUGAUUGACUUUUCUUUCUUUCCUCCUCUUGAGGAGGUGAUUCGUAGACCCUGACUGCCUAUGUAAUGUAAAUAGUGUACAUUUAAUUUAUUGCUAUGGUAGCACAUUGUAUUUGUUAAUGUAUAAAACAAAUUCUAAAAGGUCGACAAAUGUAUAUUUUGUUGCUUAAAUGUGUCUUUGCAGAAAUUGACAAUAAAUAACAUAUUUUGUGUCCA